GACGAGCGUGGGCGCGGCCCCUCCACCCCGUCUGCUCUCUCCUCCCCCAGGUCCUCUUGGUCGGAACAACCCAGCUGAUCCCGACGUCCCAGCGCGGGGCCUGGCGAGGAAGGACUUCGGCCACGGUUGCCAGGUCUGCGUGCAGGAGGCCCUGGGUCAGGGUCGGGGGUCCCGGGUGUCACCUCGCACCACCACAUGGCGGGCCUGCUGACGGGCUGGCGGGUGUCCGCGCGGCCAGCGCCGUGGGCCCCGGCUUUCACUGAAGACCCACCCGCUCGGCCCUGCAUUCUGAACUUGAGGUGCCCGGGGUGUCAGGGUGACUCUCAGAUCUGAUGGAGUAAAUCUUUUCAGAAGAUCUCUGGGAGAAGGUGAGUGGGUGCGCUCGAGUCUCGACGCCUCCCGGGGGCCUGCCCUGUGUCACCUUCAGUGACAGGCUGGCUGGUCCACCUCAGGACAGAAGACUCAGCACUUGAACUUUAUAAAUGCCAGUCACAUCGUGUCAUAGAUAAUCUCAUUGUUUCUUCUUCCGGGACACCUGUAGGACUCUGUGUCCUCAAAGUUCUCACUUUCACCACUGUAGAUGUAUUCUUUUUUCCACUGUCUGGUUCUUGGAGUAUAAUUUAGGGCCAAAGUCUUAAAUCUCCUUGCAGUACGGACAUUGCUUCACUUUUUUUCUUUGUUUCUUCUCUUACGCCCUCUUCCUUUUCCUCUUCUGGAAACCCUGACAGACAGACAUUGUGUCUGUGUCACUUAAAUUUGCUCUCACAAUUAUCCCUUCCACACGUCUCUACGUCUCUGUUUCAAGAUCUGCAGUAAUCCCUUGAUGUGACCUUCCACGUGACUGGAGUUUGAUUUUUGGCAACAUCUUUUCUGUUAGUCGGCCCUUCCAUCUGAAUGCUUUCAUCUGGGAAUCAUGUUUCAAUACCAAGCCUGCCUUUCUGGGUUCUGAACCCCUGGUGCCUUGGUCGUGUUGUACAAAUGUGCUAUUAGAUGCUCGUGAAACCCACGCAAACUCAGGGCUGCUGCGUCCCGAUGUCCACGUGGCAUCACAUCCAGAGGGCCAGAGCAGAUGACCAAAAGCUGCGGCCAGCAGCUGAAACCUGCUCUUAGGACAGUCCCCAAGGGGAAGUCACAGCUCACAGAAAAAAACAGUCUCAGAAUAUUUUUCAACAUUUCUGUCUCUUCCCACAGUAACACAUUAAUAUCAGCUAUAUAUUCUGUGUGCUGCUUUCUGAAGACAGUGAAGGCUGUGCACAGGGCCUUCUGACUUCAAAGUUCCACCUGUAACAGCUGUUAACAUCCUUCCCCCCUCCAACACCCCCAAACACCCGACAGCCACCCUGGCCACGUCCCUCCCUUUCCCGGUGGCCCUGCCCACCUGACUGGCCGGAAGGGCCACGGUUCCCUCCCACCCCCGGAGGGCCGGAGGGCCUGUCCCUGUGGAAGGAAAAACACAGGACUCUGGAAAUGUGGCCUCUCCUGCCACAGGGGAAACCUGCAGGAUUUCUGGUGGAUGAAAGUGUCACAUGAUCACACCAGCUAAAGCUGGCUUUUCCUGCUCCCCUCUCGGUUUCCCCGGGGAUGAGGACCUUUUCCUCACUGGGUCCCCCAUAUCCCAUGAGUCUUCUGAUGAGACGUGUGCAUCUGUAAACCGGCCCCCGGACUCAUUGCUGCAAGUGGCCCCCAGGCCAUGAGGGGCUGGUAGCUGCCGGCCCUGCGGUCAUGGUGGGGGGCAGGGGGGUGCCCUUCGUUCCUCAUCCAGGGGGCCACACACCCCCAAGAGCUGUUUUCCGCAGCUGUGAUGUCACCGGGGCCCUGGGCGAUGCUGGGCCGUGGGUCCCGCCCCCAGAGUCCCCGGGCCACGAGGGCAGGAGCCCAUGGCCUGCCAUGCCCCGUCCUGUCUUGCAGAUGGCGUUCUGGGCCAGGAUCUCGAGGCUCCUCCUGCCAGGAACCGCGUCCAGGAGGAGCACAAAGACUGUGCCCCCCCGGCGGUCCAGGGUGAGCGGCUGGUCGCAGCCUGUCCACUGCUUGCAGAUCGUGGCCUGGAUCGUGUUCCUCAUUCUGGUCUUCACCACCUUUGGCAUCUUCAUUCCCCUCCUGCCACACGAGUGGAGAUACAUUGCCUACAGUGUGACCGGCGGGAUUUGCCUCUUCCACCUCUUGGUCCACCUGAUUGUUCUUUCCAUCGAUCCGGCCGACGCCAACGUCCGCCUCAAGAAGAACUACUCACGGACGGUGCCGACCUUCGACCGGUCCAAACACGCACAUGUCAUCCAGAGGCAGUAUUGUUACCUGUGCGAGGUCGCCGUGACUGUGAAAGCCAAGCAUUGUAGCACCUGCAACAAGUGUGUCUCAGGCUUCGACCAUCACUGCAAGUGGCUUAACAACUGCGUGGGGAGCAGGAAUUACUGGUACUUCUUCGCCUCCGUGGUCUCAGCUGCGGCCGGACUGCUGUGCAUGGUCGCCACGCUGCUGUACAUCUUCACCCAGUACUUCAUCAACCCCGCCGGGCUGCGCACCGACCCACACUAUAGGAGUAUCUCCGACCAGAACACGUGGCUCCUGCUCCUUCCGCUUUUCCCCGUGAGGACGAGCACGCCGGUCUUCCUGGGCAUCGGGGCGCUGACGCUGCUGCUUGAGCUCGUCAGCCUGCUGCUGCUCGGUCACCUGCUCCUUUUACACCUCUACUUGAGGGCCAAGAAAUUGAGCACAUUUGAGUACAUAAUGCAAAACAACAAACUGCAGCGCUCGAAGACCCCGGCAGUGAAAAGAGAUGUGACCCCACCAAGAAAAGGGUUCUUACAGCUGGAUAACUACCUGAGAUCACCUGCGCAGGGCAGCAAGAAGCCCAAGGAGUUCCUGCCAACUUCCAUGCACCUGAGUCUGUGCUCCGCCACCGUAAAGCCAGAGGACACGUCGUCAUCAACGCAACCAGUUGCCAGCCUGAGUUCAUCUGUACAGAGCAUGAAGCUCACAGAACAGGACUCCACCAUCAACAUCCCAGGCGAGAGCUCCUCGGGGCUGCAGGAACUGGAUGCCAACCUGAGUUCAUCCACAGUGGGCAGAGUGAAGUGGAGGAAGUUCCUGCCGCCACUGUCCAGGUGCCCAAGUGUGACCUCCCUCAGGACCAUCCGCCCAGAGAGCUCCCUGAAACUCGAGGAUGCAAAGGAUCGACGAGACGUAAGGCAGCAUACGGAGGGAGACGUGGCUGAAAACCAAGGCUCAGCUUCAGGAGCCCAGGGACCUGCGCCGACUGAGAGCCCCUUGCAGGGCUCCUUCUCUGCCAGUAGGCUGCCUGUGGAGUCGGUCCCGGAAACCCAUGAUCUCCUGUCCUCUCUGCGUGGCCAGAGAAAGGACACGUGGUCCCAGAAGCACUGGGACGUCUUCCCCAGCAGCCAGAAGCCCUGGAGCUCGGAGUCCACGGCCAUCAACACCUCCGAGAGUUGCCAGGAGGUGCCCCAUGUGUGGGCAAUGGCGCCGCACACCCAGGUGCUCAAGGGCCUGCCCGUCAUCGAGGAAGAAGAGUAUGGGAUGAAGGUGACCCCUGUCGUCAGCGUGGAGGAGGGCUGCAGCCCCGAGGAGGCCACUGAGCCCGGCAGCUCCGCCAAGGUCACCAUGAUCAUAGUGUCUGAGGACCCGGAGCCCGAGGACCGGGCUGCUCAGCCUGAAUAGAGCAAGCGUGUCCCCCAGGGCCCCAGGACGCCCCUCCCUCCAGAGCUGCUCACACAGCCUGGCCUCAUUUCCAAUUCUAGGAGGAGACCUGGGCCCUGUGGUCCGCCGUCAGACCCCGCCGUCUGCCGUCAGACCCCACACCCUCCGUGAGAGUCGGGAGGGAAGAGGGAGCACAGGAGCCCCUCUGCUGCUGGCUGCGUGGGCAGGGCUUUGUGAUCUCUGCACUUCACUCACUCUAGAAGCCAUAUUCUGAAGACUCGCAUACUCUUCUAAGCACGUCUAAGUGUUGUUCCAGGAAGGAAGAGGAUUCAGGAUGGCGCGGGUCCCGUGUUUUUACUCUGUUGACUUAAUGUUUUUAACUGUAUGAAUUUAAGUAGCUUUUAAGAAAAUUCUUCAGAAUUCCUUAGUAAGUUUUAUAAGAAAAAAUAAAAGUUAAUUUUAAUGG